AGUCUGCCCGGUCCCUCAAGUUCGCCCAGUUCGACCAGGCCGGUCAGUCGAGCUAGUUCAAGAGGUUCUGGUGAAUCGACUCGAAAGACCAGCAGAACACGUAGGUGUCGUCGCUUCAUUGGUCGAGGCGUGAGAAGGUUAUCAGGCUGCCUCUGCGAAUAUUCCUUUGUGGGGGUAUUCAUCGGCCUGUUAUUACUAGCUGUACUGGGGUCGCUCCGGCGCGACAUCGUUUCAGCGAUCAUUAAACGGAUGAUAGGAGCUCCUCCUGAGACCGAAGUGUUGACAGUGAGCAGCACCAUCUCUCCCGUGCGCACAGUAUUGAAUCCCCGCAUCCUGCUAUGGACGAAGGAUGGAGAGAACCCUGUCUUCGCCGACCCGUCCUUGCGAGACACAGGCGAAACUGCUCUGCGGCACUGUUCGUUUCCAGUGCGAUAUUCCUUGCCUCAAGACCCAUACGAAGACUUGCUGCUGGGCUGUUACGUUACCAAGGACCGCUCUCUGCUAAAUCGAAGCGACGCCGUCUUAUUCGACGCCUCGACUAUUAACGCCACGCUUCUUCCCAGGUUUCGGGAUCCGAGACAAGUGUGGGUUUUCUAUACGCACCGGGACACUGCCCCUACGACACUCAUUGGUUUCACGUCUGCCUUCGAGUUCAACUGGACCAUGGCACAGCGGACGGAUGCGGACGUCGUCAUACCGUUCGGCAACUGGACACUCUCCGAUAAGCCUGCUUCACGGGACUAUCCCAAGAAGCUGCCACGAAAGGAUAGGACUGCUCUUUUCUUCGCCAGUGAUUGUGAUGGGAAGAAAAACUAUGUGCUCAAGGGUGUGUUGAGAGCCUUGGAAGUUAGGUUAGUGCGAAGCUGCGGUGUUUCCUAGUGUGGCGGACGGCAGAUGUGCUUCACCAAGUUCCCGGAAUUCCGCCUUUUAUUCGUACCUGAGUCGUCAGGCUGUUACGAGCACCCAUUGGAGGCAAUUUACGACGCCUUGCAGUAUGACCUAGUACCAGUCUACUUCGGGAACAAGAAUCUCGCAGGACUAGUACCUGACCAUUCUUAUGUUUCUGCAUAUUCUCUGGUGUCUGGGCGGAAUAUUACUGAGUAUCUGAGAACCUUGAUGGAUGAUUUCGACCUGUACAGUGCUUUUUUCAAGUGGAGGGAAACGUACACGCUUAACCACCGUGA